AUGCCCAGAGGAUUCGCAAUAGUCAAAGUGGAAACCAAGCAAAAGGUGAGUAAUAAUAGAUAACUUGCAUGUUAGACUAAUUUUUUAACUAUUGGCAAAAAAAGUAAAUUCCCGUAAAGAACGUAUUAAAAUAAGUAAAAUUGCAAAAUUUGGUUACGAAAUGUUGUAAAAUACGGAAAAUGCAGCCUUGCGAAGUUCCCAUAUUUUGUAACUUACCAUUUUUAAGCCGAAAAUGGUAAUAAUUUCCGCACGUAAUAGAAACAUAUACAAAAUUUGCAAACUUUGCAAGGCUAUAUUUUCCAAGCUUUCAUUAUGUUCUUUUUAGUGUGGUGUUUGAUUCCCCUCUCUUUACUUAGAUUAAAAUUUAUAGUCUAACAUGCAAGUCGUAUAUUGUCUCCAGGACCAUUUUAAUAAUUUGCAUGCAGUUGGACUUUGAUCAAUUGUUAGAGCCUUGCAUUGGAGUGGUAAUUUGAUAUUUAUAGACAUAUAUAAAGUUGGUUUUGACAUUGAUAUAUUUUCUAGACGAGAAUCUAAUUGGUAUGUUGUAUUCCCCCGAGCGAAACGUUGGGAAAUCCUUGACGUUACAAACACUUUCAAAGGCGCAAGGAACUGAUAAAGCUGCACAUCCUCUUCUUUGUUCCGGUGGUGACCAGACUCUCAGUGGUGUUUCACUGUAUGUUAAUAACUAUAUGUAUUUUUAAUAUUUCCACGUUGUUCCUACAUUCAUGCACCAGUACAAUAUUGAAAAGAGUUUGAAGUUUCUCUGUUUACGGCCAUUUUUCUACUUAAAGGAAUGGCAAUAUAAAUUCUUAUUUUCUUUUUUUUUAAUUGAAAGAAAUUUUAAAACUAUACAUAUUAACUUCUUUUACCGAUUAUUGAUAUCUUGCUUAGUUAUUGAAAUUAAAUAUUUUCACUUGAAGUAAUGAGAUGUUAUUUUAUUUCAGUUAGCACUAACAUGAAAUUGCGAUUAUAUGAAAUGAAAGUUUGUUUCCUAUUAUUUACACGACCUUAAAAUGCUUUAGUAUUUGUUAGAAUCACGUCAAUCUCAUUCAGUAAAAAUAGAAUUAUCAUGUUCUAAAUAUCAUAUAUAAUGUAUGGUCUAUAAAUAUGAUAUAUAAGAAGGUUUUGGAGAGGCAAAUUUCCAAUGCAAUUUUUAUACAUUCCGACAUUAGAAUGUAUGACAUCUAGCCAGGAGCAGUUGCGAAAAAUGCAACUAUAUAUACGUCUCCGGUAGGAAUCGAACCAGCAGCCUUGCGAUUCCGGUGCACUAUACAGAGAGAAGUUGUCGAGCACUAACAUCAAGUGUAUGUAUAUGUACUAUAAGGUGAUGCCCAUGUAAAGUGUGAGAUGCCCAAAUUCUGAUAUUCAGAACCCUAAUACACCUUACAUCAACUUAAAAUGUGUACAUGAACUUGAGGUAGGGUUCUGAACUGGACUCGGUAGUGGUUGGCCAGAGGGUCUAUAAUUGCAUUUUUAGUCUAAUUAGCCUUUCUCACGAUGACGAAUAUCCGCCAUUUUUGGGUGGCAUCAAAUUUUCAUUAUCCAAUGCAGACAAUUAAAACAAUGUGAAAAGCAAUUUUUCAAAAUAAACUAUAACCAUUUAAAAAGCAAAUUUACCAUCAUUCGUCCAAAAAAUUAUAAAAAGUCGCUGUUAUGUGGACUUAUCGCCCAAAAAUGGCGGCGUGAGAAAGGCUAAUUGAGUGUAAUGCAUGUAUAACAUUUACACUCGAAAUUUCCAUCUACAAAACCCUUCCACAAUUUAUGUGCUAAAAUGUUUAUGGCAAACUAGUUGUUUUCUCUUGAAAUUUUAGCAAGAUGUUAAUGUCGGCGCUUACCAGCACGAGUCUGGUCUGCCUAGUUGAUGAUCCGACCAUUAACACGACAUUCUCAGAAUUUCUGCUGCAAGUGCAUGGGGGAUUACCUCAGGGAUCUACAAAAACUGGAUUAGCAGUUCCACGUGGUGCCCUGUUAAUGAGUACAAAUGUUCAAGAAAGUGAAAGGUAUAUAUAUACUAGAAAUAUUAUCCGUUAUUAAAUGCGGUAGAUAUGUAGGUAUCAUGUCGAUCUCUGAAAAUAAGACUGUUUUUACUUUUAAUAUUUAAAGGAUAUACGGACGAUGUUUACGAAUGGAGUACAUCAAAGAUUCGGAUUUCACAUUUGAAAACGAGAAAUGUCUCAAUGAAGACUUGCAAAAUCUUGUAAAUGGAAACAAGGUACAGUACAUUUAAUGGGAGUAAAAAAUGUUUAAUUAUAAGCUGUUUACAAACAGACGAUUUCAGAGAUGUAUUGUUUCAAUAGGUAGCCUAAUGGUAAAUUUGUUGCUUCUGUUUUAGGGUUUCCUGGUAGCAUGGGCUAUAAGGUUUGAACGAUUGUGGCUCAACAAUAACAACGAGGCAAUCAAUAAGAUCCGAGAGAUACUAAAACUAUUGGUGACAGAGCAGGGCCAAGACAGAUGGCAUAAAGGUGCAGCGAGCGUUUUGUACACGUAUGCUGUUGUAAGUAACUUUGAAGGGUUUUGUAGAUGGAAAUUUCGAGUGUCAAUUUUAUAAAUUUAAUGUAUAGGCUAUAUAAAUGUAUUAUGUAUACACAAUUAACACUCGAAGUUUCCAUCUAUAAAACUCUUCAACAUUUAUUCAAUCCUUGUAAUCCCAAAAUAAUCUUCGUUGUUUUCUUAUAUUCACAUGUUUGAACGCAUGGGUAAUGUAUUUUCACAAUGAUCGGUUAUCUCCUGGUAUUGUGUAAACUGUUUGAGGAGUACUUGAUUAAAGAUUAAAAGAUUAAAGGUUACGAGUGGCUGUGUUGUAUUAGGUAUACAACCGAAAACGGCUAUACCCUGAGACAGUUUUCAUAUAUGAGUCGAUUUACGUGCAAUGUAUACAUAAAUUUAACAAAAAGAUUCGGCAAGUGUUUGUUAAUUGCUAAUUGUAAAAUGUUUUAUGUAAUGCAAUCUAUGACUUGUAGUUUCACAAAGUUGCUGGAGUUCAGGCAGAUGUAAAAAAGGUUACUCGAGAACAUAGUAAACAGUGGGAAGCCCCGUGGCGCUCAAAAGAAACAGACGUUUUGGGAGCGUCUACGAUGCGCUAUAAAGUCCAAUCUGCAGGACGAAGAAAAACCGGUAAAUUCAUAUAUUAAAAUACACAUAUGUUUAUAAUCCAUGUAUAAGUUUGUCUUAGCUUGGUUCACAGAGGGUGCUUGUUAGAGAUGUGAGAAAUAGUUUACAGUGGCGUGUAUUGUACCUUAAUUCCAAUCUACAUCACAUCUAACGGUUUUGAGAUACUUUUAACCUAACUUCCUUAGAAGUAUCAAAUUUAAAUUUCCAACCUGUGAAGGGCAUACCCUGUCUAACGAGAUUAGGGAUUUCAGUUCAUUACUUAGCCUAACUUCUACAAUUUGGACAACUCGCAAAUGGAAUCGCCAAUGGUUAUUCUGAUCAUCAUAAGUUAUAGCUUUUCAACCGGUCUAAAAACACAAGGAAGUGAUCCCAUAAUUUAAUGAGCAUUUUUUUGGGACACCCAGCACAGUAAUUAAAUUUGUUUCGAAAUCCAAGCCUUCUAAAACCUUUUAUAUUUUACCAUUUUAUAAUAUUUAAUUAACUUUGUUUUAUAGCCGCUCACAUGGUUAAAUCCAUGUGCGACUGUUUACAUGGCUCAGGCUUCUGUCCCAGCUAUUGCCGUCAAAAUUAGUGAGACGGCACAAUUUACAAGUAUUGGAAACAAAGUAAGUGAUUUUGACACAAUACUUCACAUCAAUUCAGCAAUUUACUGCCCUUUUUCUAUACGACUUAAUUGCAUAUAUAGAUAGAUGACUUAUUGUGCAAAGAUCUUAUUAAAAAAUGUAUUUUUCCAGGAAAAUAAAAAAUAAUAUCGCACAUGCACUACAAAAGGAAAAAAAUGUUGGUGAAACGGUGGCAUUUGCACUGAACGAAAUGGCAAGUCUCGCCGACGUCAGAAGGAGAACGAGUGGAAUUGUGCGAAACGCGAAAGCCUACAAGAUCCCAAAAGAUCUACUGGGGACGGACCUGUGUCAUUUUAUAGAGCAUGGUAAGUAUAUAAUAUAUAAUUGUAAGUGUUUAAAUGAUAUAGUUUUUAUAUGUGGUACUGACUCGUUAAUUUACAAUAUGUGCAGUAACCGUUUUCUCGUCUUCACGAAACCGCUAAAGGCGCUAUAUUUUAGGACUCUUUCUAUUGAAAUGUACAUAUUUUCAAUACAUUUGAAUUAAUUUUCCACUCUUAAUGAUGUUUUACAGCAUGUGGACUAAGGGAAGACGCUCCACCGACUGCAAGCGCGCAUGACGAUCAGGCAGAGCAUCUUGCGGCUGUCGAUGAAAAGAUUAAUGAUCUGGUAACGUUAAUCGAAAAUAUUGAUACAGGUUAGUUUUCCGCAAAAAUACAAUGGGUGGUGCAUGUAUGAUGAAUUAUACAUAGUGAAUUAUACGUGAGCACUUUUUUUUUUAGAUUAUGAACCUUGCCCCAGUUACAGUGGAUAUGUGGAGGACGCGCCAGUUGAUGUAUGUAAUGAUUGACCUAUUUCGCCGACAUAUUGUAUACUGACAACUUUUACAUUAUUUACAGGAACUUUCACCUAAUACUAAAUUCGCGUAUGAUCUUCGUUCGCCAAAGGGAAAACGGAAUUACGAACAGGUUAUUUUCAGUUAACGAUUAUUUUAGCUAUUAUUUUUUCUUUCAAUGUUUUGCCUGUGUCAAUUUAAUGAAUAAAGUAUCAUGCCUUUUAUUGUCCCUAUACUUUGAAUAGGAGUGUAAGAAUGUUUUCAUAUCUUUACCUUAAUACUUUGUUAAUUCAGGGUAUCUUAGAUGGAAUAAAGAUUUCAAAAGCAAGACAACUGGUUGAAAAAGAACGCGAUGUUAACGGUAAAUAUAAGAUUUAAAUUUUUCAUGAUAAUUUUCAUUAUAAUUUCUCACCUUCCUUUUUCCCUUUAUAUAUAGUUAAUUGUAGAAGUAAAACUCCAGUGGCAUCAAGUUCAGACACGAGACAAAGUGAGUUCUGGUUCAAAGAUCCCAAACCCAUCCUCCUUCCCAGGGCCUAAAGCAGCCGAGAAUCCCUGGUCCUUAUGAUGUUCCAAACCGGACCUUGAUUAUCUCAUAUGUAGUGGUGAGCCCGCUGAAAAGUGCCCAUACUUAAGGUUAAUCAUAAUAGAUUUUACGUAAACAUAUAUAUUAAGCUAUUUUAUGAAAUAUCAUAAAAUAGCUUAAUUUAUGUUUACGUAAAAUCUAUUAUGUUUAACCGCCUUAAGCAUGGGCACUUUUUAGCGGGCUCACUACAUAUGAGAUCAGUGGCUCACUAGCUAUAAAGCUUGCCUAAAAUUUCACGGAUUUACUGAAGGGGUUAUUCCCCAACACUUGCUCCCCCUCCCCUACGCGUACGAUCUGAAAAUGAAUUUCCAGUACACAGAUGUUCUUCCGUAGUGAAUGAAAGUAUAUUUUCAUAUCUAAACUUAUGUAUAAUAUGUGUAUAACUUUAGAUGCCAAACGUCCUAGACGACGUCUUGAGUUUGCUGCAGGAACAAUAGGGGUGGUGAAUAAUGUGGCAA